AUUGAAAAUGCCGUUGCAUUUGAAUUUUGAAUUUUUUUGUUUAAAAUUUAAAUAGUUUAUACAAAGAUUAUUCAAUAAAAUUAGUAGUGUAUCCAUUUUAACUGUUUAAAAUGACUCAAAACAUUGUAUUUAACAUAAAUAUAGGCGAUCAGUUAACAUCAAUUUCUUGUGGCCAUGUUAUUGUAGAGCUAAUAAAGUUUUUAGCAUACCAAAGGCUUCAAAUUCCAUACACAUAUCAGUGGCUAAAACAAAUGGUUAAUAAGAAGAAAGAUAAUGAAAAUGAAAAGGAUACGUACCAAUCUGAAAGACAUUUUCACAUUGCUUCUACAGCGUUAAAUAACCUGGAUUUUGUCCUUAAGGCAUUUCCACAUAUAGUUCCACAUAUAUUACUCCCCAAUCCGGCUGGUCCCCGUGGGGAAUGCGACCACAACCCUCCAUCAAACAAGAGUUUGUUAAAAGAAAUUGGAGAGGCAACUCAACCACAAGAAGUAUGUAUAGCAUUUGGUUCAAGUCCAAUCUCAUGUAAGGAGAUUUACCGCAUUGUCUUACCAACAGUGUGUCAUAAGCCACAAUGCCAAUCACCUCAUAUUGCAUCAGACAAAAAAAUACAAAGCAGUGUAUUUAGGAAUCUGGUGACUUCAGAAAAAUUGUGUAAAGUCUUUUUUGAGCCGCUAUCACCUACUAACAUGUAUGUUUUCUUAAAAAAGGAAUUAUUAAGUAACCAGCAAGUUGUCUGCAGUGAUACUUUUCUUCAUGUUAAUGGGUACAGAAUGCCUAGGAGCUGUAAAGUUGUUGUUUUAAACUUUCCUGCCAAUCCUAAAAACACUACUUGUUGUAAUGAUUUUAAGAUUUUUGGUAAUGCACCAAGUGAAGAUCUCUCAAAACUGAGCUUGGAUGAUACUAGUGAUGAUGAUUUUCAUGAAAUUGAAUCUACUGAUAAAGUGCAAUGGUUUCAAUCAACUUAUGUAAUGAAAGGUUUCAAAGAUUGUGUUGUAAAUGGUAGUUCUAUUAUUAACAGCUGGCUACAUUAAUGUUAGUCAUCUUUUAUUAGCUCAAUUUUAUAGUUAAAUCAUAUAUUUUGUAAGUGUAACUGUAGGAUAAGAUGUGUUGAUGAUUUAAGUGACACUAAAAUUCUUAUAUAUUUAAUACUUAAUUAUUUAACUGUUACAUGUUACAUUUUGCCAUGUAGCUAAAAAUAAAUGUUGACAUAUGACACAA